AAUGUGUUGUGAUAAUGGAAAUAUUGUUUAUCAGUGUUGUACUGUAUUUCAUAAGCGUACAAGACAGGGGACGGGGUGGAGGGUCAACUGCCACCUAGUGCUGGAGCAAAACGUCAAAUUCGGGCAAAACUGAUACAGAUAUUCGGGCAAAAUGUGCUAACCUGAGACCUUUUCACCAUGUAUUUCCAUCAUUUGACCGUCAAUAUUAGUUGUAAUCUAUGCAAAAAUUCGUAGUAGCCUAAUCCGUUUGCAACCCUAUAUGACUGUUUGGCAGUAAUGAUAAUAAUGAAUUUAAACGUUGUUAUCCAUAUUAGGGCAUUUUCGUUUAAUUCGGACAAUAGAACUACAUUCCCCACCCCUACCCUACACUUCUUAAUGCGGGCGUUCGUGGCGGGCGUUUUCUUGGUCUAUGCAACGGUAUUUUGAGAUGAAAACGUUUUCCAAAAUUGUUGACCAAAACAAUAAAAAUUGACCUAUGACAGUACAAAAUUAAGGUCUUGAAAUGAUUAGUACCUUUUAAAAAAAAAAAAAGGAAAAAAAAAAGAGAAGAUAAUAAUAAAAAAUACAUCCUUAUAAAAUUUAAUGGACGAAAUGCUUUAAGUUUAAUUUACAGCGUGUUUUCGUUAAACGGUUGAACAUAUUAUCAACAAGAACUAGUUCUUCUGCGAACGUCCGCGUUUAGAAACGUAAGGCUUGUCAUCAUAUGUUACGUCAUAGCGUUAAAGUUCGUUUUUGUUUCUUGACAUGACUCAACGUAGCUGAGAAAUGUGUUUCAAGCAACAUUUUGUGACACCAUAGCGUCGAACACAAUCCACAGGUAUGUCCCGUGUACGGUUCAUCUUACCUGUGACGGUGGUGAUUUCGAUCUUUGUCAUUACUGUUAAAUCCGAUGGAGUUUGGGGUGCGUGGGAACAUACCAGCACAGCCUUAUGUUUAAUAGAUUGUGUUAAAAAAAUGACUUACGAGAGAACCUGUAUGGAAGCCAGUUAUCAAGAUUGCCAUGGAUCAACACGUUUUUACAACUUGUCCGAAUGUACAGGGGGCUAUUGUGGCAUGGGAAUUAAAUUAUCAUUCUCUGCGCCGUACGCUGUCCUUAAUGAGACGUUCAUGAUAGAGUGCACACUGACAAACAUUACCGCUGACUUCGAUGACAUUGUGGUUUUCUACAGAAGGAGGAGCUACAUUGGGUAUUUGAGUCAGAAAGACGAUAACUGUGAAAUCAAAAAGGUCAAGGAGGGAAACACACUAACCUGUGGUUAUGGGACGAACAAGAGGAAUGCGACAAAGAAGGUGUAUGAGCUGACGUUGAAUCCAGCGUUGGACCGUGAUGCGGGACCAUGGUCUUGUGGAGUAGACGCCGAUUCAAAGAAAAGUGUUGCCGUCACACUGGAAAUUCGUGGACCAGAAACAACACCACCACCAACAACACCGACAACAACACCGACAACAACACCGACACUGUCAACAACACCGUCACCAACAACAACACUGACACCAACAACACUGACAACUUCCAGUCAAGAUGACAUUCAAGAGGUUCCUCAACGUGAGGAGGAGGAAUUUCCUGCAGGUAUCAUAGCACUGUUGGUGAUCCUAGGUCUGUUAGUCCUUGCCUCUCCGUCAUUUGUCAUAAUUGCACGGAGAUUGAGACAAAAUGCGAAAUCCAAAGGAGACGAAAAUGCAUUUGGCAAUUCUGGCUUUGAACAACCUGAAGUAAAAUUGGAUUACAACAAUGCUGGCUUUAGCAGAACAGAAACACCAGCAUAA